GGAAAAGGAGCAAAACCGGUCGUCUUCUCCAAAGAUGAGGAGGAAUACACAGAGAAGAAAGUCAAAAAAACCUAAACAAUCGCCGGCAAUGGCGGCGACGAAGGCACCGAUUAGUCAACAAGACGUUGUUUCCGAUGACCUGAACUAUGAACUGUGGGCUCGAACAGUGAAAGCUAGACUAGUAGAGAAAGGACUUUGGGCUGUUGUUGAAAAUGGAAUCUCACCGGCCGAUCCAUCGAAGAUUCCAGAGUUAGCGGCGGCGACGAUUCAACCCGAAGAUCUUUCAAAAGAGAAAGAAGCGCUCCAGAUUUUGCAAUCUUCUCUCCCCGAUUCGGUUUUGAGAAAGACACUCGACAGCACCACUACUACUUCAGCCAAACAUCUUUGGGAUUCGUUAAAAGAAGCUAACGAGGAACAAUCCAAAUCAGAGGGGAAGAAGGAGAAGAAAUUCGAACGUAUCAUCGCUGUUGAUCCUCGUUUAGACUCGAAUCAUCAUUAUCUGGCGAUUACCAAUAUGGCAAUCUCGCUGUCAGAUUCAUAUGAAACUGCAACGGAGGAACUCAUCGUCAUGGGUCUGCAGGAGCUUACUUUUAACAAUAUCCGUCGGCUUCUUGAUCUUAUUGAAUCAUAUACAAUGAAAUGGACCUUGUAUGAAGUUUUGAAACAAAACGAGUAUCAAGCAUCACGCGAUUGUGAAGGUUUUAUCAGAUGGAUAACAUCCAUGUCAGAUUCAUAUGAUGGUACACCUCUGGUGAUGAAGCAAGUCGUGAGUGUGAAGAAUCUGACUUUUGAAACUACUCGUGAGCUUAUUGAUGUGUUUGAAUCACUACCAGCGAAGACCAUAAGUGGGAUUGUGAAAGGAUUUGUGGUUGGAUCAACAUCACAUGUGAAAGAAGUUUGCUAUUCACCCAGUGAUCUUAGGUGUUUGCUAAAAGAAGCCAAGUUAGAGAUGAAGGAAUUAGGAGAAGGUACUAUCAGCUCAGCUCAGAUGAAGGAAUCGAAACAAGGUAGUGCUACUACAAGGGUGAUGAGAUCUAGGCAUGAAAGAGGAGAGUGUAUUCGAUGUGGAAGUAAAGGGCAUGUUUUCAAAGACUGUGUGACCUUUGAGAAGGAUAUGUGGAUGAUAUACGACACUACCACUAACCAUAUGACUCCACAUAUCAAGUAUUUCACCACUUUAGACAGAAGACACAGAGCUCAGAUCGAAUUCAUCACCGGGGAAUCUGUCUUUGCUGAAGGAAUGGGAGAUGUCAGGAUCGUUACCAAGGAAGGGUUAAAGAAGACUAUCAAGGAUGUGCUUUUUGUUCCCAAGAUCGACAGAAACGUGUUGAGUGUUUCUCAGCUGACAAACGCAGGCUACAUUGUCGCAAUGUCCACUGACAAAUGCAUUAUAAUGGAAGAGAAAAAUGGGAGAUCAUUUGGUCAAUGCUUGUGGGAAGAGAGAGGCUAUUUUCUGCGUUUGCAGGUGGUUGAAGGUAAUCUCACAUCUACUUGCUAGACUUACUAGUAAUCAUCUGUCAGUCAGUCUAUUAUGAGGAUUUCGUUCGGUUUUACUCAGUUUUUACAGUUUGUCUGGCAUCAUCAAUCUUAGU